CUGCCUUGUAUCAUUUUGGGUAUCGUCAUUUGGCGAAAGGCACUUUGCUCUCUCUCUCUCAGCGUAACACAGCUUAGCAGAGCACAGCAGCAUACUAUAGCAGCAUACAGCUCUUCCUUCAAGUCAUGGCUCUCUCUUUCUCCACCACCCCCAUAUCAACCUCUUCAAACCUCACCAUUCUUGCUUCACUUCUAAAGCCACGAUUUAAGGUGCAAUCUCGUCCUUCACUCGUAGUCUCAGUCUCGCUCUACAAUCGUAACCCUAGAACUCUUCGAUUCCCUUGUUGCCAUGCCGCCAAGCAACAGAGCAGCUCAGUCAAGAAGAGGCCACCCAGGAAAAAGAGGGGUAGUGCUGGUAAUGAUGCUUUGAAGGGGUUGAGUUUAGAUGAUGUUGAAAAUGAAGAUGAUGAUAGUGUCGAUGCCUCGUCGUCUAAGUCCAAGUCCAAGUCCAAGUCGCAGUCAUACCAUCCUCUCCCGCUACCCAAACCUCCGGCUGGGUUUGUAGUGGAUGAACACGGACAGGUUCUCAUGGUUUCAAAAAAGAGAAUUGCUACAAUUGUUGAUUCUACCAAUAAUUUCCCAUUGGACUGCAUAAUUAGGAGAGUGUUUAGAAGUUCACGAGGGGAUGAGUGUUUGCUACUCUGCCCAGUUGAUACGCCUGUUCAGAUUUUGAAGAGCACAAAUAUUGACGGAUGGUCAGCUGUCAGUGAUGAAGAAGUUGAAACUAUCCUUCCCACAGCAGCCUAUGCCCUUGCCAAGAUACACAUGCAUCUGGUAUAUAGCGGGUUUUGUUACACGGCUCGGGGAGGAUUUUGCUACAGGGAAGAGGACAUAUUUGAAUUUCGUACAGAUGAUGGUCAAGAUGUAGAUGGCUUGCCAACCGAAGGCAUAGAAAUUACAUGCUUCCAUUUGGAUGGUAGCCACUACAUGAUCUAUACACCAUCUGACCCGUUACUGUUUGUUGCAAUGAAGGAUCAUAACGGCCUAUUGCAAAUUGUUGAUGAUGAUCUGUUGGACGACCCUGCCAUAAUAAGUGCCAUUGAUGAGGAGACUGAGUUUAACGCCUUAGUGGAAGAAGAGGCUGCUCUUCUUGAUCCUUAUUAGGCGAAAAGAAUCAGGCUGCUGCUAUUUUUAUUCUGAAAGCAGAGCUGCCACUUUGUACACAUUAUGUAGUGAAUUCCGGUUGUAUAAAAUCAUUUAAAUUGUUUCCUUUUUGUAAAAAAAAAAACUUUCGGUUA